AUGUUGUACCAUUCUCCAUCUUCAGCCCUCAAAUGUGCCCCCCUGGCCACGAUCACCGAAACUGAGGGAAUCAGUCAAGACUACGUGAAGCAGACAUUCACAGAAGCAGCCAGUGCCAAUACCCCAAGUGAAUCCAAAAUGGACUCUAAGUCAUUGAAAGCAGUGAAGAGCGUCGGCUCCCUGAAGUUUAUUGAGAAGCCCCUCAACAACUUGCCCAGUGGCUCUUCUACAGAGGUCCCAAAGGAAGGACUUGCGGAGAAUUCUUGUUUUGACGAGCUAGAGAAGGAGACGCUUCAGUGCCUCGAGGACCUUGAAGCUGCUUUUCAGGAGAGACACGAGAAGUAUGAAGCAGCUCUUUACCUCAAGGCAAUGGGCACCAUGAGUUGUCCGAUAUGA